AUGAUUACUACGCCUAAUCUCAUCGACUCUAAAUUUUAUGAGUUACAAAAUAGCACUCUUGCAUCCAAAUCAGAACACGAGGAAUUCAAACAAAUUUUACUAAGAUUGUGGAUUCAGAUCUCGAAAUCUUUUAAUGAAGACUUUGAAGAAAUCCUGUAAUUGGGCAUCAAUUCAGACAUUCAAGAUGUCCUGAAUGCUAUACUGAUCAUAGAGGAGGCGAGACUAGAGCAAAUCAAAUGCGAUAGAUAAUAGAUUUAGCUUCUCGAAGAUGAACUUAAGGCCAUUAAACAAUAAAAUACCACUCCUUCUGGAAAUGAUGAAUUAAGAGAAACGCAAAAACAGUACAGAGAAUUGAGUGAGCUUGUCAUUUCAUUAAAAUUAUAAAAUGAAGAUAAAGAGCAAUAAAUUAUAGAGUAAAACAAAUUAAACAAAAAACUAUAGGUUGAACUCAAUCUAUUGACCUCUAAAAUCAAUAAUUUAUCAUUAGCUUUGGUUCAAUCUAAGGAAGAAAAAAUCUAAUACAUGGAACAAUCAUAAAAAGAAAUUAAAUUAUUGAUGGAAAAAGAGUUAUAACAAAGCAAAAUGAUUCAGAUAUUGCAGAUCCAGAAAAUUGAAUUGGAGAAUAUGCUAAAAAAGUCCAGUCAAAGGAAUUCAGUUGAAUCAUCAAAUCCUUAAGCCUCUUAAACUUUCAAAGAGGAUGAUCAAGCCAGAAUUCUUAGUUGUUCACCAAGAACCACUCAUAUAGAUAUAUCAAAAAUUGUUUUAUAAAGUCUCUAAAACAAAAAAGCUGAAAUGGUUUCAGGAUAGUCACUUUCAUAAAUUCCUUAUAGAUUUGGAAAAUGA